AUGUCCGGUGCCCUUCUUCCCCUCCGCGCUCGCCACUGCCUCAUCACCGGCGCCUACGGUGGCAUCGGCGCUGCCAUCGCCGCCCGUUUCGCUGCCGAGGGCGCUCUUGUAACCCUUCUCGGCCGCAAAGAAGAUAAGCUGCGUGAACUCUGUGCCCAGCUUCCCCCUUUCCGGGAUACCCGUCUAUCCCCUCUCACCGCCGGUACCGCCAGCACCCGAACAUCCCCCGACGACAAACCGCCAGCGCACUCUUACUCUGUCAUGGACGUGUCCGCUGAUGGCCGUGAUGAAGCCGUCUUAGAUGACAUCUGGAAACGGACGGGCCAGAUAGACGUCCUUGUCAACGCUGCGGGUAUUGCGCAAUUCCAGCUGUUGCAGAACACCUCUCCUCAAGCUGCCAGGGAGCUCGUUGACACUAACCUCAUGGGAACCAUUUUCAUGUCGAGGUACAUGGCCCAGCGCAUGAAGCGCAGACGUGCAGACAGGGAUGCACGAUCGAUCCGAUCGCAAACCGCACAGAGCCCAGCUGACUUGUCCUCUCAAGCUUGCAUUAUCAACGUUGCCAGCCUGCUGGCCGAAAAGGGCAGUCCUGGGACUAGUGUGUAUGCAGCGUCAAAAGCUGGUAUUAUUGGCCUCACUCACGCUCUCUCCGUCGAGCUGGGACCGUUGCGCAUCCGGACAAACGCCAUAGUCCCUGGCUACAUAGAGACCAAUAUGCUUGCCUCAAUGUCGAGGGAGCCCCUCGAAAAGCGUAUUCCCUUGGGCCGCUUGGGUCGGCCCGAAGAGGUGGCAGAUGCUGCUGCCUUUCUGGCCCAAAAUACCUACGCCAAUAAUUGCAUCCUGAAUCUAGAUGGCGGGCUCAGUGCUGUCUGA